ACCUUCAAAGAGAGCUGUUAGGAAAAAAAAAAAGAAAAACUUGUGGUUGAUAGCUGCACAGAAUUUGGAAAAGAUUAUAAGAGAUAUUAAAAGAGUAGAAAAUCCACCUAAUAGCAGCUUAGUUUUGCAAUGGAACAGAGGUUUGGAGAAAAUAAACAAGUCGACAGGUAGUGAAAUCACGUUGGUCGCCAACUUCAUUACUGAAAGCUGGUUAGAAGAAGCAAAG